CCGGGAGGGCCGCAGGGGGUGAUUGCGACGGCGGCAGCGGCGGUGGCGGGCAGCUGGUCGGAGCCUCCGCCGCUUGCGGUGCUGUCCUCACAAGAUGGAGUUUCUCCUGGGGAACCCGUUCAGCACCCCGGUGGGACAGUGCCUCGAAAAGGCUACAGAUGGAUCCCUACAGAGUGAGGACUGGACAUUGAAUAUGGAGAUUUGUGAUAUCAUCAAUGAGACAGAAGAGGGUCCCAAGGAUGCCAUACGGGCCCUGAAAAAGAGGCUCAACGGAAACAGAAACUACAGGGAAGUGAUGUUGGCAUUAACAGUGCUGGAGACUUGUGUCAAGAACUGUGGCCAUCGAUUUCAUAUCCUUGUGGCAAACCGUGAUUUCAUAGAUGGUGUCCUUGUAAAAAUCAUCUCCCCUAAGAACAAUCCUCCUACUAUCGUCCAUGACAAAGUGUUGGCUUUGAUUCAGGCUUGGGCUGAUGCAUUUCGGAGUAGUCCUGAUCUCACUGGAGUGGUGCACAUUUAUGAAGAACUGAAAAGAAAAGGGAUUGAAUUUCCCAUGGCAGACUUAGAUGCCCUGUCUCCAAUACAUACACCACAGCGGAGCAUCCCUGAAGUGGAUCCGGCAGCGACUAUGCAUAAGUCUCAAUCGCAGCAAAGAGUGAGCUCCACAUCCUCUUCGGCACCUUCUCCUACGCCAUAUGCAGCCCCUCAGGCCCCAUCUUUGAAUGUGACUGGGUCAAUCACCGCCAACUCAGAACAGAUUGCCAGGCUGCGGAGUGAACUUGAUGUUGUCCGAGGAAACACAAAAGUCAUGUCUGAGAUGUUAACAGAGAUGGUUCCUGGGCAAGAAGACUCCUCCGACCUUGAGCUGCUGCAGGAAUUGAACAGGACCUGUAGAGCGAUGCAGCAGAGAAUUGUGGAACUCAUCUCCAGGGUUUCUAAUGAAGAGGUCACUGAGGAAUUGCUGCAUGUGAACGAUGACUUAAAUAACGUCUUCCUCAGAUAUGAGAGGUUUGAACGGUACCGAUCAGGUCGUUCUGCUCAAAAUACCAGUAACGGAGUCCUGAAUGAAGUAACUGAAGAUAAUUUAAUAGAUCUUGGUCCUGGUUCUCCAGCUGUAGUGAGUCCAAUGGUGGGUAACACAGCACCGCCAUCUUCUCUUUCCUCACAGCUAGCAGGCCUGGACUUGGGGACAGAUAGCGUCAGUGGAACCCUCAGCUCUCUCCAGCACUGUAACCCCCAAGAUGACUUUGAUAUGUUUGCCCAGACAAGAGGAAACUCCUUGGCUGAACAGCGUAAGACAGUCACUUAUGAGGAUCCACAGGCGGUGGGAGGACUGGCCUCUGCAUUAGAUGUUCGAAAACAGAACACUGGAGUGAGGAGAGGUAAAGGUGGGAACUCUGACAUGGAGCCUAUAGACAAGUGGCUAAUUACACAAGGAAUGAUCCCUGUUGCGCAGUCCUCUGUCAUGGAUGACAUUGAGGUGUGGCUCAGUACGGACCUGAAAGGUGAUGAGCCGGAGGAAGGAGUCACAAGUGAAGAGUUUGACAAAUUUCUUGAAGAAAGAGCCAAAGCUGCUGAAAUGGUCCCCAAUCUACCAUCUCCCCCUGUGGAGGCACCAACACUACCCAUAAAUACAUCUGGAAGAAAAAAGCCAGAGCGCUCCGAAGACGCCCUCUUCGCCCUGUGAUGCAUUUUCUUGGUCUCCUUCCUUGUGCUGUGCAGAAGAACACUACUGUCUGGUCACACCAUACUCUCCUCCAUUGUGAUGAACACUGACCCUCUCAUCACCCCUUCUGUAUCUAUCACCCUUAUCCACUCCCCAGUCAGUCAUACCACUCUUGCUCACUAAAAAGCAAACUUCACCUGUGUCUCCUUUGAAGCCCUAUUUUAUUUCCUCUAAGUCUCCCACCCUUCAAUACCAGCUUUAACCACCUUUUCCUUUCUGGGCUGUGUGAAAUUGGCUGCUGCUAUUGAAACCCACGUCUCCCUCCCCCUGCUCCUACCUGCCUUUCCCACCCGGUCCCUCCCCCUGAAAAAUGUAAAUGCAUGAGCUCACUUUUCUUGUAUUGGAAACCAGGUAUGGCAGGACAAGCUGCCCAGCCUUGAGAUGAUUUAUCAUGGUGGUUUCCUGUGUCCCUUGCUUUGUAACCAAAUAUUUAGCAGGAGACAAUGGAGGAUCCUUGGGCCCAGGAUGGAUUCAAGUAGAGGAGCAUCUCAUUCUUGAUGUUCCCAAUUAUAGGUCCAAGUCAUAUCACUCCUGCUCUAGAAUUCUGCCUUCCACCUCUUUUACUUCUCUGUCCCCUUCCGGAAUGGAGAGUCUAGCUGGGGAGUGCAGAAGGUAUGUCAAGUCUCAUGAGGUUUUCCAUUCUUUGGUCUCUUCCUUUCACUAUGAGUUUUCCCACGUUGGCUUCAGGAGACUAGAUGGUGGUCUGAUGACUUCCUUCCUUUGGCUGCUCAUCAACAUGCAUUAACUUGAUUCAGUUAAAAAAACAAACCUUGGGGUAAUUGGGGUUUCUAGCACUUUAAAAAGUUUUGCAUUAUUUCCCAAUGUUCCAGCAAACCUUUCCUGUCAAUCUGUUGUGUUGUAGGUCCUUUUGGGCUUUUCUUUCCAGGUAUUCACAUAGAAGGCCCUUUGCUGUAAGCCCAAUUAGUGGAUUCAGCUCUACCCACUUAGCUAGACAGAGCUUGAAAUCUUUGGCAAAGGGUGGCAUUGCCAUAUUGAAGAAAUUAGGCAUUGCAGAGGGUACACCCUCUGAUGGAAUGCAGUUUCUAUGUGGCCUCCAGUAAAUCUAGUUAAUGAAAGGGAAGUUAAAGGAAAGGAAGGAGACCAAGAGUUGAACACAUCAAUGAAAAUUGGUAUUAAAUCAUCCAGACAUUGGUCACACAGCAGUUUGACUCUCUCAUGUAGGAUUAACACUAAUGUUAAAUGACCUCACAGGAAGGAGAAGUUGAGGACGUCACUCUUUGGUCCUUCCACCUCCUUGGCUCUCAUGCUUUAAAAGGAUUUUGCACUAGGAACAGUUGCUCCCUGACCACUGGAGAAAGUAUUUGAUGUUUGUUAUUGUAUUGCAUGUGUGACUGGAAUAGUUACACGGUGGGCUUUGUACCUCUGCUGCCUACAAGCCUCCCCAUCCGAAGGAAUGGCUCUCUAAGCCCUACUCUACUGGCUUGUUUGGGCUCUGGACAGCUUCACUUCUGUGCUGCUGUACUACUGUAACACUAAAGCAUCUCUGCACUACUUUGGGCCCUGCCCUAACACUCCAUUCAUGAGGUUGGGUCUCCUCCAUUGGACAAACUUGAAGUCAACCUUCCACACCCCAGCCCCGUCAUGAGAGGGAGUGCUCUCAGUGCCCGUGGUCCACUUCCUUCCACACUUUGACUUCCUGCAGAAGGCUCUGGGUGUGCAGGAUAAUCUGCAAAGCUGACUAGUGGGCUGCCUGUGGGAGGGUGUCCAGCUGUCCAAGGACGGGGCAGUCGCUUUGCCAGGGCUUGCAUCUAUCAGGGCUUAUUUGAAACUGGAUGUUUGAGGGGUCCUCAUUUAGGCCCUACCUUCUUCCCCUGUCUGCCUGUCCAGAGCUUCCAGAUAGAUGUUAACCUUACUACUGCACAGUAACUGGAAGGGAAAAUGCUGCUGUAGCCAAGAGAGAUGUACUUUGACUUCUUUCUUCCAGGCAUUGCCUACUUUGGCUCUCAAUAGCUUACCCCUUGCCAGUUCUUGGAGAACUGACUUUCACCAGCUGGUAUGCAGCUACUUGACAUGAGUUAGUCUGAGUUUGUUUCAUUUAGACCUGUUGAGUCAGAUGCUGCUCCCUGUCAUGAAGAUUCCUGAAGUCUGCAGAGUUCCUCAUGAAUAUCUGGGGGCAGAUGUUCAUCUUGGCCCAGAGUGCAACCUGAUGUUUACAGGCUAAAUUCACCUUCCAUUGUUGUGCAUGUCAUGGCCAGCCUAGGCUUCUCUGUGGCCCGGGGCAAUGGCAUGUACAACGUCCAAGGAGUUUCAACUAGGGAACAUGGGCUUAGAGCCGUAACUGUUGGCUGGCAGAGAGCAGAGCUGAUUAAUUUUCUUCCUUCAGGAAAGAAAGGAUGUAUUGGAAUCAGGGACUGGAUUUUGCAGAGACAUGAUCUGGCAGCUCAGGUUCUGGGUGAGGCUAAAUAUCAUUCUUGUGACUGAGCCAGAAGCCAGGUUUAGCCCUGGCUGGUUCUCAUGGUGAAAAACCAGAGACACCAGUUGGACCACAGAUAUUGUGACCUGAAUAAGUAUUGUCCCUUCAGGCUUUUGGGAGUCAAUGAGUGUGCCUCAUCAUUGAGCCUAGGAAUCCAACAAUUUGGGCUUGCUUCAGAACUAGUUCAACUUCAGUUAAAGAAAACCAGACCAACUAUGAUGACACCCAAACAUCUUUUUUGUGAAGCUUAUGUAGACAGCGCUAAGCUGUUAUCUUUUCCUUGGGCUAUUCUUUUUUGUUCCUCCUCCUAAGAUCCUCUCUAUUAUCUGUCACUCCUGUUUUCAUGGCUUCCUUCUUAUUUUAGACCUUCCUGCCUUCUCAUGUUUCCCUCUAUCUAUUCUCACUUUCUCCCACAUUCUUGCCUUUUUUCCUCUUUCUCUCAUUUUCCCUUUCAUUUGGCUUUUCCAACCAGUGUCCUUCAGUGUCCUCACAUCCAGUGUCCUCAUGUCAUUUAAAGGGGGCGGGGCGCAGGGGCGUGCUGCAGUGGGGAAGAAUGCUAAAGACAGAUCAGGUUUAUGCCAAAGGAGCUCAGUCACUGUUUCCUUGCUUCUCAUCCUCUUCUCUCACAUUGACUUAAGCUCUGAAAUUGAGCUACAAUAGCUACCCUCUUACAGGGACCAGAAUUGGCUUAUCUUUGCCAAACUUGCAAACAUCACUGGGCGAGAUGCCUUAAUACCUUUUCUUUCCAAUCAUAUUAUUCCUCUACUUUCCCCCUGUGUGACAGGACUGUAAUUUUCCCAGCCUGUAAGUUCUUAUAGUUCCUUUCAAGGAAUCCAUCCUGGCAGGCAGGUAACGAUAUCUUUUUGAAAUCUAGCUUCUGGCAUGAAGUAAUUUUCCUUGUGCCUGAGGGAAGGCAUCUCUGGCACAACUGUAACUGUGUGGACCCAUCCAAGACAAAGUUAAGCUUUUCCCCAAACUGGAGCAUGAAUGGUCCUCUCCUUGUUUGAAAUCUCUUAAGUUGCAGACUUGAGCCACCAGCAUCUUCAGGCCAUCCCAUGUCUUUCUGUAGGUGUCUUAAGGAAGUUAGUUAGACCCUGAGGAAACCAUGCAACUCCAAGUGCCUGAGUCCACUUGUCAGAAGCAUCUGUUAGUGCUGACCUGUAUGGUACCACCAUAGCCACACUGCAGUGUUUGGAAAGGAUGAUGCUCAUGGGGAGAAGGGGUACUAGUCACAUAACAUUCUCACCUUCUCUAGCCAUUAACUGGCCAUGGAGCCAUGCUCCAUUCCAGUCUUUUUCCUUCUCACACUUUAUGAAAGAGAGUCCUGACAUAUUAUAGAUUCAUUUUUUUUUGUCUAUGUUUGGAGUAGGAGAGAGUGAUCUGGCUCCUUCUGUCUCUCACAGAGAGAGAAGUUGCUCCCAGCAGCCUACACUACAAAUACAUAUAUAUAUAUAUAUAUAUAUACACAUAUAUUUGCUUCAGAACCAUUAUCUGUACUCAUUACCUCAAACUCUUAUGUUUACCUGUUUCAGCAAGAUAGAAGUAGCAGCUUGGAGAUGCUUCAGUUGAUGAUGGAUGGUGCAGAAGCGUUUCAUGGUCAUUGAUCUCAGUGAAAAGGAGUAAGGCCCUACUGAGGAAAGGUGGCCAUAUACCCAAAAAAAGAAUUCAGCAACAGAGCCGUUCAUAGCCGUGGGUUCAGGUCAGCCCAAUGAGCAGUUCAGCAGAAAACUAUCAGUCACACCUUCCCAAAAAAAUUCCCCUUUCCAGUUCUGCAGUGCAGGGGUCCAGUUGCAUCUUUGGUGGCUCUGCAGUCAGAAGUGGCCCCAGUUUAGCAUUUGCCUGUGAUUUUUAUGUAUGCUAAUCAUACUAAGAGAGUGUGUCCUGUAUCAGGAUCUCAUUUUGGCUCUGGCUCAUGACGUAUCAGCCAGGAGUUACUCCAGGGAAACUAAGAAACUCUUUUUCUUCAGUGUCAAGUCAGAAGCCAUAGAAGUACCACCACCUGUCUCUUGGUGAUGGGCUCUUGCCUUGGCUAUGACAAGUCCCCCCUCUCAGAGCACAGGCAUCGUGGCUCACAGAAAGCAAGCAGUCCUGAGGAUGGAGCUGAAUUGCAAAGGAGGGGGAAGAAUCACUAAAGUAGGAAGUAUCUCUGAAAAUGUUAGAAAUCACAGAUAUAGUAUGUACUUAAUUACACUAAAUUAUUGUUGGAAUUCCUUGUAAGUACUAAUUAUACCUGAUUAUAGGUUAAAAUAUUUAUUUUGUCAAAAUAUUUUCUUUGGGCUGUGUUUAACCUUUUUCCUGCUUAUUGUGUACUGAGAUGUGAAAAUUAAUCAUUUGCCUAACUUUCAGGAGAAUGCUGGUAGAGAAGGGCAUAUCAUAAGAUUUUGCAUAAAACAUCUGUGCAUCUUUGGCCAGCACUCAAGAGCAGUGCCCUGUAUGGGUAUAUGAGGACAUUUAACUAACCAUCUGGCUCAAGGAGAAGGAAGUGAAAGAGAGUAAGAGUGGUGCUUUUGAGAAGAGGCACAAAAUAUUUCUCCCAGUGAAGGAAAUAUGUCAUUAUCCUGGGCCGGGGGACAUCCUUGUUCCACCUCUCAGCGUCCUUCCUCUGAGCCCAUUCCCCAGACCUGCCAAGUCCCACUGCCACUUGUUAGGCAAGGUAAAGGGUGUUUCUGAAAGCCCACAGUUAAAACCCAGGUAUCCCAGUGGUUGAUUGUUUUCCUCCCACUGGACAAGCUUGAGGUAUUUUCCCCAUUAUGGAAAACCCCACCUCAGUCUCAGUGCCACCCUCACUAUUAUUUAGAGCCUUCUUGAGCAAAGGUGAUCAUUUGCCAAAAUACUAGAAAACCAAACAUUCUUUUCCUUUCCCCCUUCCCAAUUCUGUACAUAGGGUUAAGUACCCAAGUCGUGGGCCUGAGGAAGGUGGGAAUGGAGGCUCUUGGGCAGGCUCUGUUAUUUUGUUCCUUCUAGGGAGAGGGAAAACUGGUUCAGCUUAAGCAUUCUAUGAUAAGCACCCUAAAUAAAGCAUAGGACAUUAUUUUUCCUGGAAACACUGAUUCCGCAGACAAGUGCUUUUUCUCCUCCCCCUCUCCCCUCCCCCAAGAGCAUUCAUGUAACCCUUUGACUGCUGAAGAAAAUCCUUGGGCCAAUAGCAGGUGAUUCAGAAAGGACCAUAUCAAGCCCAGGGCCUCCCUCUUAGAACCUGUUCUUGGGACACCCAGCUCCUCUGACACUCUGAUUAGUACCAUGUCUACUUUUAUUCAUGCUAACUCCCUCUCCUGUUUGGGUGGUAUUGACCCAGAUGACCCUCUUCCCGCCAUCACACUCCUGCCAUGUUUAGGGGGAUGUGUUUUCUCCUCCCCAUUUACACAAAGCAAUAGCAAAUAUUUUCCUCUUUACAUGUGUUCGCCAUAAAACUUCAUUCUGAUAUCACCUGGUUCAUUGCAACAUCAUUCCUCUCUCCACUCCCCUCCCCCCCCCAAAAAAUCUCUAACUCUGUAUUUUCUGAUUACAGCCUGGGCCUCAUGAGUUCCUCCUCCUUCUCCUUCCCCUUCCCCCUCCCUUCCCCCCCCUCCUUGGCCCUUCAGUCUCGUGAGCAACAACUCUCCUUCCUGUCAAAGUACACUGAGCUGUUGUUAACAACACUACUUCUCAUGUAACCCCAUAUAAUAGCAGUUUUUCUCUGUAUAUUAAAACUGUAGGCUUUCCAGAUAAAUAUUGGAGGGAGGGGUCAGAAUAUUUAUUUCCUGAAGCUAGUGGGUAAUUUGGGAGGGUUUAAGGGAUGGGGGUUUGAGAUGGAAAAUGUAUCUGUUCAAAAGAAGAGUGGGUCCUGUUCACUGUCAAAUUGUACAACACAGGCAGUUUUCAUGUUGUUGCUGUGUGUUCCCAUAAACAGACGAUGUUGGGUGUAAUUGUGUAUGGCUAAUGGUGAUACCAUUGUAUUAAAAUGCUACCAUUUGAUCUUAUUCCAGCUACCAUCUCCUGAGUUUGGGUUUUUGCAUGUGAAAUAUUCCAAUAAAAACAACAACAAAACUU